AUGUUUAGAAAUAAUUACGAUAACGAUUCUGUUACAUAUUCUCCAACAGGUAGAUUAUUUCAAGUAGAAUAUGCUUUAGAGGCUAUUAAGCAAGGAAGUGCAGCAGUCGGACUUGUAUCGAAAAAUCAUGUUGUAUUAGCAGCGUUGAAAAGGAAUGCUGAAGAAUUAGGAUCAUAUCAAAAGAAGAUUAUUAAGGUUGAUGAUCAUAUGGGAGUUGCUUUGGCGGGUUUAGCACCUGAUGGAAGAGUGUUGUCAAACUACUUGAGAAAACAAGCUAUGAGUUCCAAAAUGAUUUUCAAUAGACCAUUGCUGACUUCUAAGGCAGUAUUAUCAAUUGCUGAUAAAGCACAAGAAAAUACGCAAUCAUAUGGAUCUAGACCUUAUGGUGUUGGUUUAUUAGUGUCGGGUUAUGAUGAAACAGGGGCUCAUUUAUACGAAUUCCAACCAUCGGGAUCUGUAUUAGAAUACUACGGUGCAGCAAUUGGUGCAAGAUCCCAAGCAGCAAGGACAUAUUUAGAAAGAAAUUUAGAAUCAGUUCGUGAAACUGAAUCUGUUGAUGAAUUGAUUGUUCAUGGUUUGAAUGCUUUAAGAGAUACUUUAUCACAGGAUGUUGAAUUGACCUUCAAGAACACGUCUGUUAGUGUUGUAGGAAAAGAUACAAGUUUCACUAUAUAUGAUGAUGAAGACGUUCAACAAUAUCUUGAUAAGUUGGAUUCGGUUUCUAACGCUAGGAAUAGAGAUGAUGAUGAUAAUGAUGAAGGCAAUAAUGAUACUCACGGUGAGACUAAUGAAACUGCCAGCAAUGAUGUUCCUUCUGAAGAUAGAAUGGAAACUGAUGAGUAA